AUGUCUCCUAAAUCUACCUUCCUUUAUACAAAUAUCUUACUAUCCUUACCUCUCACGAUUACCGCUCUUGCUCCAUAUAUUCAAGGAACCUAUCAGCAGUAUGCAACUGCUACCUAUAACCUCAAGGAUACGUACAACUCUGCCAACUUCUUCUCUUCCUUUAGCUUCUUCACGGGUGAAGAUCCUACUCAUGGAUAUGUAUCAUAUCAAUCUCAAUCAGCUGCCUCAGCACAAGGUCUCAUCAACACCAACUAUGGCCAGGUCUAUUUAGGUGUUGAUCAUAAAACGGUUAACCCUCCAGCUGGUCGUGCAUCAGUCAGACUUACGAGUAAUAAGGCAUAUAAUCAUGGUCUAUUCAUUGCUGAUAUUGCUCAUAUGCCUGGAUCAAUCUGCGGAGUAUGGCCCGCUUUUUGGCUUGUUGGUCCUAAUUGGCCAUAUGGAGGAGAAAUCGACGUCAUCGAAGGUGUUAAUCUCGCCGGCACAAACAGCAUGACCUUACACACCGGACCCGGCUGCGUAAUCAAUACGGCUGGUUCUCAACCCGGUAUUACCUUAAGCGAUCCGAAUUGUAAUUCUAACAGCGGCUACAACGGUUGCGGCGUGCUUACCAACAAAGCCAAUUCCUACGGAAAUGGUUUCAACUCUGUCGGUGGCGGUGUCUAUGCCAUGCAAUGGGAAUCCUCCGGUAUUUAUGUCUGGUUCUGGCCUCGAGGUAGUGUACCCGCUGAUGUCACUGCUGGAAAACCUGUAACGGGUAAUUGGGGAUUACCCCUCGUGGCAUUUAAUGGAGGAAGUGGGUGUAAUAUCGAUAGUUUUUUUGCGAAUCAGCAAAUUGUUUUCGAUACGACAUUUUGUGGUGACUGGGCGGGAUCUGUUUGGUCUAGUGGGAAUUGCGCUACUGUUGCGAGUACAUGUAACGCCUAUGUAGGAGCGAAUCCGGCUGCGUUUGCGCCAGCUUAUUGGUUGAUUAAUUCGGUUAAGGUUUAUCAACAAUAG